AUGUUCAGACGCUCUCUCCACGCCCUCCCGACUGAGCUCCUCCACAACAUCGCCCAAGCCCUCGUCGCAACCAACCCACUCGGCCCGCCCCGCGAGCUCAUCCCGCUCAUUCUCACAUGCAGAGCCUGGCAUGCCAUCUUCACCGCUGACACCCUCCUUGCAGCCAUCUGCCGCCUCAAGUUCGACACCGCCGCCGUCACCCGCCGCGCAUUCACACCGCACACGCACGACCUCGCCGAGCAGCUCGUCCACGCGUGCACUCUCCUCCGCGCCAUCCGCGCCGGAGACGUGUAUGACAUCGACGCGCACGAACAUCUGUUCACGGCGUACAUGCUCAUGCUGGAUAAUGACGGCAAGAACUAUGCGCAGCUCGAGUGGGCGGGGAUGGGGGCGUACGUGGCCCGCUUCGUGCGCCGCCGGUUGUGGGAGGAGUGUGCGGCGAACGAGGGCUGGCCUGUCGACAACGCUGCGAAUGCGUGUGCGCUGUGGCUUAUGUGGAUGACCACGACGCGGGAGAAACUCCACGCUGAAACACCACAGGAGCGCGAAGAGCUCGUCCUCCAGAUCCUACCUUUCGUCGUCCUUCCUCAACGCCCCCGCCCCACACAAUACCCACACUACCUCGACCCCGCACGCUCCCAGAGCCAGGUCCACUUCCGCGCCCGCCCGCAGCUCGCCCCGCCCCUCGCCUCCGUAGCUGCGAAGCUCCUCUUCGUCGCCCGCCGCGAGGUCUUCCCCAUCCGCGUGCCGCCGACGAUGCCCCCUGGGCUGACGGUGGAGGACUAUGCGGAGCUGAAUAGGGGGAAGGCGGCACAGCUUCCGCGCGGGGCCCGCUGGGAUUGGGAUGUGGGGAGGGCGAGGGCGGUUAAUGGCGAUGGGGAGGAGGUGGUGGAUGAGGAGGACGGGGAGAGUAGGAGGUGGGACACGGAGUGGUGGAGGAGGAGGUUGUGCUAUGAUUGUAUGGCACCAAGACCGAGGUUUACACCGGGUCUGGUGUUCACGCCUGGAUGUAUGCGCGGGCAGUGGCAAGGGAGGAUAUACAUCCCCCAAGGCAACCUCUUCCACCAAGUCCUCCACUCCCCGCUCUACCCCGGGCUCGCAGACGAGGCGGGCCUCUUCUCGGAGCGCAGCCUCGGGCUCGUCAUGCAGCCUGUGUUCCUGAACAUCCGCGAGCACCAUCGGGUGUGUGGGUGUCCGAUGGGUGGGUGUGGGGUGCGGUGUGGAGGGGCUGGGGCAAGUGGUACGUCGACGACGACAAGGACGACGACGUCAUCAGCAUCUUCUUCGACGGAUGAAGUGAUGGCUGAGGAACCGUUAAUGCCAACUUCAAGAACGGGCUCGAGAGCGUCGACGCCCUCGCACUCGCACCCGACGUUCACCGCGUCGUCCCUUCCAGAGGCAGCGGGGUGCGGGAUCGUACCCGUUCCUGCGCCUGCGCGUGUGCGGUUCGUCCGGCCCAACGCUGCUGAAGCCGCCAACGCCAACGCUCCAGUCCAACCUCACCCUAUACAGAUAGCGCCGUUACUCCAAGACGAAGAACACGUCCUCGACGACGAACCCGACAACCACGAUGCACUAGGACAAGGAAACGACCCCAACUCCCUUCUGCACACGAACGUACACACCAUCGACGCCUCGCUGCGCGCGCGCCUCUACCCGGACCGCAUCGACAUGAGCAUGGCGAAUGCGUGGAUGCCGGGUGCGUUGGGUGGGGUUAGUGCGUUGGUGCGUGAGGCGUCUGCUGUUCCCUCUGCGUCUUCAGGUGGAAGAAGUAAAGAGGAGGGUAGUGGGAGGACAAGGAGGAGGAGAGACGAGGUGGUGUUUGGUGUGGAUUAUGAGAGGGGCGAUUAUAGGGCUGUGGGCGGGUGUGUGUCGCUUGGUGGGUCGGCGUUCGGUGGUACGCUCGGUGCCGCUUCGUCGUCCUCGACGCCCACACCACCACCUUCCUCUUCGACCUCCUCUACGUCUGCUUCCUUCCCCUCCUCCGCUACUUCGUCAAGAACCCCACUUCCUUCCUCUUCCUCCUCAGCAAAGUCAUACAUCUACGAAACGUACGACCCCGCCCGUCCAUCCUCACACGACCCUUCUACGUGUCUGCGCUGUGCGGAGUGGGCAGAGGCCCGCGCGGAGGAGAGGAGGAGGGUGGAGAGGGAGGCGGCGGAGGGGAUUUUGGAGAGGUUGAUGAAGGGACAUGGCCAGGGAGAGGGACAUGGCGGUACGGAGGAGCUGGAUGUUAGUGGGUUGGAUUUGGAUUUGGACGUCCAGGAGGAGGAUGAUAGUAUGGACGUCGAAGAGCCCGGAGGAGGGGAUAAUGAAGGGGACGAAGAUGAAAGCGAGGAAAGACUGGACGUCCUAGGCGACGACCUCCCGCAGGGCCAACCGCCCAUCCUGGACAAACAUGGAACGGUGCUCGUCGAGCCGACAAGGCGGGAGUUCGAUCGGGAACGCGUAGGUGUGGAAGGCGGGUGUGGAGGUGGGGUGAGGGAUGUUUUGUUAACUGGGGAGACAGACCCCCGCCACGCCGUCUGGCACCAACAGCAAUACACCAUCUACGGGCGCGUGCGGCCAUGGGACGGCCUCAUUGGCAUAUUGCGCGUCGGGAGCGUGCCGUCGGUGAAUUAUCUGUUUAUAUGUGGGUAUUUGGUGGGCGAGAGGAACUUUGUGGGGGAGUGGAGGGUGGCGCAUGCGGAUCCGCUGAGGCCGACGUGGGGGAGUGCGGUUGUUAUGAGUCGGCGGGAGGGGGAGGCUUAG